AUGGACUCACCGAAUGACCCUGCGAUUAGCGAAGCAGAGAGAAAAAAACUCCGCAAUCGGCUCUCCCAGCGCGCCUUCCGACGUCGCCAAGCAGAAUGUAUCCGGGAAUUGCGCAACCGCGUAAACGCAGAUCAGAGACCCGAUAGUGAAAGGAUUGAAGCACUUCAAAAGGAGAAUAAAUUGCUGAGACAGCAGUUGAUCGAUGUUCAGACGAAAAUGUCGAGGUUGUUGGCGAGUGUGCAGGGGUUGAGUGACAGUGUUGCUAAGACUUUGGAUGAUACCAAGGAUGGACACGACAACUCGGGACAGCUGGAUGAGAGGGAUAGUGGAAGGAAUGGGGAAGCGGAGCUGGAUUUGGAUUCUUUUGAUGCGAGUAUUCUGGACUUUGACGCUCCUUUUGUCUCAGAUGCCAGUCAACCUCAGAUGUUGACCGGUUCGUCAGCAGCACCAACGACAAACGGUCUCAGUUCAGAACUCAUCAACGUCACCGGCACAAAUCCAUUCUACUCUCAAAUCCCAAACAUCUGGACUCACGAGUACCAAAUGGGAAUCGAUCCCUAUCUCACAGCCAUAAACGCAUCAGCAGAAUCAAGCAUGGUGCUCGGCAAAGACUACGCUUUCACAAAUUCGCCUUUCUCGGAUCAUAUUCAGCUAUUGCAGAAGAUGUUGAAGAAUAAGCUCAACACACUUGGUUUUGUGCCUGAGGGUCAUCACCCCGUGCAAAGUGUCUAUCAACCAGUCCUCAUGGUCCUAUCAAUGUUCAACAGCAUGACCCGUCCAGACGUAAUGGCCUGGUACGCCAAAACACGCUUCUACCACAUCAUCGAACUCACAGCCUGGCAAUUAUAUCCCUCCCCAACAACAUUCAACAAACUCCAUCCUCGCUACCGUCCCACAAAAGCACAAAUCGAAAACUCCCACCCAGGCAUCAUCGACUGGAUACCCUUUCCAUCAAUCAGAGACAGAUUGAUUCAGUUACACUCCGCAAACCCCCACAUCGACCAGAUCUUCUGCGACGCAGUAACAGGCUACGUCGUCGAAACACCAAUGUCUGAUCUUAUUCUAGGCGCACCACAAAUAACAGUGUACGUGCGUGUAACAGAUCUAAUCAACACAAUGUCCACCACCUCCGACGAAAACACAAUCGCUAUUCUUCCCGCACCAGACAUCUCUACACUAUUUUCUUCACCAGCAUACGCAAGAGCAGCGUUUAAUAAACUCAACAUGGACAAGGGAGCAGGAUAUUACAAAAUCGACCCCGCUUUCUUCGAAAAGUAUCCGGAACUGUGGGAUCAGGGUAGUGACCUUACAGCAUCAGGCAUACCCUUGAAACCAAAGUUCCAGAAAAUUCUGACUUACCCGAAACCGUUGGAUCCAUCUACUGUGGAGACGUAUCGAAGUUUUAUCGAUUUUUCUCUUGAUGCGGCGAAUACGAUUUCGAUGGGGCCUGGAUCGUAA